GUUAUUCACCAGCAGCGGCCGGACAGGCACACAUUGCUGAGAUGCUGCUGCAAAAGAGGUUGUGGGUCGCAUUCAUUUUAAUAACAAUUUCUUUGACCGCCACGGGUCAAUCAGAAGAAUCAGAUUCCGAUGGCACUACCACUGAGAGCAUAUUUGAAGAGAGCACCAAAUUACCGGACUCCCAAAUCCGCAAUUUGGAAUCUGAGCCUGCAAACCUUAGAGGAGCGCAACUGAUUAGAAUCCGGCUGAAAAACGAUGAGCACAAGCGCGUCUUCAAGGAACUCGCACAGAGCAAACUGAUCAACAUUUGGAAGCACACAAGGGGACCAAAGUCAUUUGCUAUUUUUAUGGUUCUCCAAGAAAAUGUGGAAAAAGUGCACUUGCAACUAUUUGAAGCGAAUAUUCAGCCGAAAAUUAUGGCACCGGACGUGCAAAAAUUGAUUGAUGAGGAAAACCCUGCAAACACCACGAUCUACAGUGACAGCAAUUCUUUCCGGGCAGGAUACACAUUAAACUGGGAUGCGUACCACAGGGCGAGCGUGAUUCACGAUUUUCUUGAUUAUUACGCUGCCAAUUACGCGUCGCUCUGCACCGUAAAAACUAUAGGCAAAACCUUUGAGAACAGACCCAUCAAGUUGAUAAAAAUUUCUGCCGGUGGUGCUACUAAGCGCCCUGCCAUAUUCAUAGACGGAGGAAUCCACGCGAGGGAGUGGAUUGCGCCUGCGACAGUUUCAUACAUAAUAAAAGAACUAGUUGAAAAUCGCAGUCGCUACAGCUCAUUUGCAAAUGCCAUUGAUUUCCAUAUUGUGCCCCUCCUGAACGUCGAUGGCUACGAGUACACGCACACAAGUGAUCGUCUGUGGCGCAAAAACAGGGCAAAAACAAAUUCAAAAUGCUUUGGAGUUGACGUGAACCGAAAUUUCGGCUACAAGUGGGGAGGUGUGGGCGCUAGCAGAAGUGCCUGCUCAGAAGUAUAUCGAGGACCAUCCGCUUUUUCAGAACUGGAGUCCAAAGCUAUUCAAGACUACAUCAUGAGUUUUAACGUCGGGUUUUUCAAUGCCUAUUUUACGAUCCACAGUUUCGGUCAGUGGAUUUUGUAUCCUUGGGGAUAUGCUUACUCGCUUCCUCCAGACUCUGCCGUCUUGCAGCAAGUGGGAGACACCGCUGCAGCAGCAAUAAAGGCUUUAAGCCAAACAUCGUACACAGUUGGUAAUUCUGCCAAACUAUUGUACAGAGCAUCUGGUUGCUCUGACGAUUGGGCUAAGGCUGUUCCACAAAUUAAAUAUUCAUACACUGUAGAAUUGGCUGACCAAGGAACUUAUGGAUUUAUAUUACCAGCAAGUUACAUUAAGCCUACUGGAGAGGACUUGAUGGCUUUAAUCAGGGUAUUUGCUGAAAAAAUCCUCCAAACUACUAACUUCAAAGAGCCUUGAAUAUAAAUGUUGGAGAAAAAUAAAAUAUUUUAAUUUAUUAAAAA